AUGAUCUUGUUUUUAUUAGCAUUAUUAAUCAGAAGCGUCAAGCAGGAUGUUGAAUCUGAUUGUAUACUGCCAAUACAAACAGGAUUUGUGGAUAAUCUUGGCUACUGCGAUAGAGGUUUCAAAUUAAAAUCACUCGGAUCAAAUGUAUCAAAAAAGCAUUCUCUUCAGUGCACAUAUUUGACGCACACACAACAUCCACUCUAUUUACCUGACCAGCCAUGGUUACCAUUUAUUAAUCCGCAUUAUCAUUUUAUUCCUCCAAUGAAAGUUGAAUUUAAUUUCGAAAAAGUAUGUAAAUUCAUUCCAUCAUCACUUGAUCUUGGCAAAUUAAAUCUUUCUGAGUUCAAAACAUACCAAAUUUAUUUACAUAAUUUGAUGACAUUUUCUUCACUUAAAAUCAUGAGUAUCUGGUCAAUGUCUCGUCAAAUACACGUACCAGUAAUCACGCCCUUGACAAUUGCAGGCUCUCAAACCUACUCUUUCCACAUUUAUAUUUGUUCUUCAAUGGUCGGACAAGAAAAUACAGUUAUAUAUAUUAAGACAGAUCGCGGUGUAUUCCCAUACUCAAUUCAAUUCGUCGUAUCUGAAGGCGUUGACAGCGUUCAAAAUAGUGUUUUUUAUACAUCCAUCAGUUAUCCAGAAAACAUCACUUUCAAGAUACCAUGGGCAUCACAGAACAAGAAAGUACACGUUAUAUAUGAUGGAUCUUUAUUUGAUUCAUCAAAAUCGAGUUUUAAUUCAAGAUUACUUCAAUUAUCUCCGCAAAUGUCAAAACAAGGAUUGUAUACGACUUUCGUUAAUGUUUACUCCAGAACUACCGUUAAAACAUACUAUUUAAUGAUAUUUGCUUCUCAUAAGCAUUUAAUUCCAUUAAGACCAAUCAUACACAUCGAAACUGUCACCAGUCCAUCAGGUAGUGCAGAAUGCGACAUCAAAAUUUCAAAUCCAACUUCGAUGUCAAUAGAUAUUACUCAAGUUACAGUUUCUAACUACCCAGAUAACGUAAGAGUUGGUCAUCUCCCGUAUCCGAUCAAAUGUGACCCUGUUUCACAUACAACUAUCGGUAAAAUUGCAAUUGAAGGAACAAUUCCAGGAGAAGUCGAUUGUUCCAUCAAUUUACAGUAUGUUAUCGCAGAUGGAUCAAUCCAUACAGUUAGUAUACCUGUAAAAGGCCUUGUUCUCUACGGAGAAUUGACUCCAAGUGAGCCAACAAUAGAUAUGAUUCAAUCUUCAACGAGAGGUUACCAGUUUAAUGUCACAAACAACUUCAAAGUUCCUGUAGCUGUUCUUAGUGUUUCAGUUCUCUCAGAUUCGUUCACAGUUGGAGAAAUAAUUCCAUUUUGUUUGGAACCAGGCCAAACAUCAAAGAACAUGAUGAUUAAUUUUGCCAUAAUACCUCCUAUCGAUAAAGAGACACAAAUCGUGAUUUUGACAAACGCAACAAAAUUAGUGAUUCCUGUGAAGAUUUAUUCAGGUUCUAUCUUCAUUUCUUUGCCAUCAAAGAGAGCAGUGUUCAAGGAUUCGUUACAUAUAAACGUAGGAGAAGUAAUGCUUCAGUCAAUUAAAAUAUUGAAUUUGACAUUGACAAAUCCGAACCCAGAUCCGUUCUAUUUGUCAUAUAUUAAGACUCCUAUGGGUCUUGACAUAUUGAGAAAGGCUCCGAAUGUUUGCGAUUGUCCUUUAUUUCAAACUUUUGAACCUUUCUCUACAACAGAAAUAAGUUUGGGCAUACAGUUCUCAAGAGGUGUUCCAGGAAGAGCAAAGAAUGAAACCAUUUACCUAGCGGCCGAUCAAACGAUGCAAAAUUUAUUUCCAUUAAUAAUUGAAUGGACACCAUACGCCGCAGACAAUAUCUCAUGCGAAGUAGUACUUGAAGAUGAAAAUCCUAUAUUCGGAAAAACAUAUAAUGGCGAAUUUAAAGCAGUAAUUAACAUUGGAGACGAAAGAGAGGUCCAAAUCAAAGAUAUAAAGGCUGAUACAGACAGUGUAACCUUCACAAAUACUUGUAUCGGCAAAGUGGUCGGAAAUUCCAACGAAAAUAUUCAUAUGUCAGAUUUGAAAGUUACAUAUGACACACAGAUCGUUAGCCGCUCAAGUUUACCAUUAGCAAGACUAGCAUUCUUGAUUACCAAUGAAGAAUACGACAUAAUGAUCGCUGCCGGUGUUCAAAUUUCAGUUCCAAUUUAUAUUUUCUUUUCAAACGGCUUAAUAUGGAGAACUAUCAUGAAUUAUCGUGUUAAGUUACCAUUAAUAGAUGAUUUAGCCAUGCAAUUGGAAGAUUCAGUGCCUGGAGGCCUCUUAGAUGUAAAUAUGCCAAUUGAAAACAUUUUUGAUACACCAAUGGAGCUCCAAGUAGUCAUUCCUGUUGACAAAGAGUUCGCUGCGAUCAGCGAUAAGUAUUACAGAGUGAUUCCGCCGCAUUCAAUUUCAAAUGUCAACAUUACAAUCACUUGGAAGACAUUGGGAUACAAAACAACAAGUAUUAUAAUGCAAACAAAUAUUACCAGACCGUUUAAUGUUGUUUUGGUCACAAAUGUCGUUGAACAAUCUUUUGACAAAGAAAAUUUCACUUUGCCACCAGUUGAAACACGAAGAAUCCUGUUUUCCAAGUGGGACUGCACACUUGAGCACACAAAUAAUUGCACGGCGUCCCUCAAAAUCGUUGGCUUGGCCUCAUACAAUCCCGCGGUUGAUGUAAAAUUGGAAAAUUACGUUGUAAAACCAGGCGGAAUUGUGAGAAUCAAUGUUACUAUAUAUCCCAUGAUGCUUAUUUUCGCAUCACCUGUUAUGAAUGUUGCUCUGACGACGAGUAGCAGUGAGUUUAUUUACAGAUCUGAUAUUCCAUUGACAGAUGAAGAAUUAGAAUUCCUCAAGAAGCUGAGAGAAAUGUUGUUAUGGGCUAUGGUACUGCUUUCUAUUGCUCCUAUCAUAAAGAACAUGAAGAAUAUCAUUCUGAGAAUGUUGGUUGUGAAUGUGAUCGUAAAAAUCAAACAGAGGAACAUAGAAAAGAUCAUAAAACAACUGUCAACAAAUGCUAAAAAGGAUGUCGCAAUUCAGACAAUUGAAGACGAAAUUCAAAUGGAAACAAGAACAAGCGGUGGAACGUUUGUGGUAACGAAUGAGCCGAAGUAUAAUUUCUCUGAGUCUAUUGGAACUCUUAAGGAAUUGAUAACCGAGAUCAAGUCAAUGAAAUGA